AGCACGUUUCAAACACUAUAAAAACUUCAAAAUCCCACAACGAAACAAACUACACUUCAAAGUUAAAAUAACUCUGCGCGCUUCUUUCCCAGUACCCGGUCAGCUGCACCAUGAACGACAGCAAAAACAAUCAAAACGACACAACACAAUCACUAGAUUUCGAAAACUUGAAAGUCAUAUCCCCCGUGGGACGCGGCGCCAAGGGCGUCGUAUUCCUCGCAAAAACAGGUAACCGGUCAUCAGACGAGUGCGUAGCUCUGAAAGUAAUAUCAAAAGCUCUGAUGGAUCAGAAAAAAUCAAAGAACGAUGUGCUACGUCGUUUUGAUCACACGCUUUUGCCACGGUUACGAGGAGUUUUUGAAACCGAGAAUACCGUUGGAUUCGCCAUUGAUUAUUGCCACGGUGGCAACCUCCAUUCUCUCAGGAAGAAACAAACUGAGAAAAUGUUCUCCAGUGAUAUCAUUAGGUUUUACGCUGCUGAAUUGGUUCUUGCAUUGGAGUAUCUUCACGAUUUAGGAAUAGUGUAUCGAGAUUUGAAACCAGAUAACGUGAUGAUUCAAGAAAACGGUCACAUAAUGCUCGUGGAUUUUGAUCUCUCCACAAAGCUGAAUCCUAGAUCGAUUCAAUUACUGAGUCAUGACUCGUCCAAGAGAUCUAAAUCGGCGAAUGAGAAACGCGUGAAAAAGCGAUUGUUCUCGCGAUUCUACCGUUGUAACUCGGGGAUCUCACCGUGUGACUUGGAUUUUGAUUCGCAACCUAGCGUCAACUCGGUACGGCGGAACGAAUCGGAAUCGGUUGAAAAAUCGAAAUCGUUCGUUGGAACGGAAGAAUACGUGGCACCUGAAAUUGUGUGCGGAAAAGGUCACAGUUACGGAGUUGAUUGGUGGUCACUCGGUGUCGUUUUGUAUGAGAUGCUGUAUGGAACGACGCCGUUUAAGGGGACGAAUAGGAAAGAAACGUUUUACAGGAUUUUGUCUAAGGAACCGGAGCUAACGGGGGAGAAAACGGCGUUAAGAGAUUUGAUUAGGAAAUUGUUGGAAAAGGAUCCUGACCGUCGGAUUCAGGUGGAUGAAAUCAAGGGUCAUGAUUUCUUUAAAGGGGUUAAGUGGGAUAUGGUGUUGCAAAUGACAAGACCACCUUAUAUCCCUCCUCCGAUUGAAAUUGAGAACACAGUGGGGUUAAGCAAAACCUAUGUGGAGUCAUUUGUUCAUGAGGUGUUUUUUCCACAGUGUGAUGAUAAUAAUGAAGAGAAAAAAAAUACAAUUGGAGAAAAAUCAGAAAAUAAGGAUAAUGGUGAGGAAAAGAGAGUGUGGGUUGAUAAAUUGAGUAAUAGCCUCAAUGAAAAUGAUGAUUUUUUUAUUUUUUGACAAGAUAUUUAUUUUUUUAUCACUAUAUAUAUUUAUUUAUAUUGGAGGAGAACACUAGGCAUAAUUAAGGUACACCAUGUAACUAGGCAUAUCUAACUGUUGGUAGACCAUUAACUGCACUAACAUAUAUUUAAAGGUAGACAAUUGCCAAGAUUUAUAGUAAUUCUUUUUUUUAUUAUUUU